AUGUCUAAAGAAUUCGGAGAAGUCUUCGUUUAUGUAUGGAGUGCAUCCAAUGACAAAAAUCCUGUUUUAACCAUUCUUUCAAAUGUACACUCUGAAUCAACAUUAUUAUGUAUGCAUGAAGUUGCUGUCCUAAGCUGUAUUGGAGAUUUCGUGGAACUGAAAUUGUACGAUAACAUUAAUUUUUGUCAUGUGAUAAUUUUAGCCGGGAAGCAAAUUAACUGUUCUGAAGCGUCCCAGUUUGCGUCAGGCACCUUUUAUGAAUUCAGUGGUCCAAAUGUACGGAAGGAAAUCUUACCAAACACUGAAGACGACAAAAAUCAACCUUUUAGUUUAUGUUUCAUUUAA